AUGGAAGAACAAGAAGAAAAAAUCGUGGUCCCGAUAGCCCUGCACUGGAAUUCCAUUGAGCCUGGGCUAAGUCUUAUUGCUCAGCUGUCAAAUGAGCUUUUAGCAGAGAGAGAAAAGUGUUUGCAAUUAUCUAAAGAACUUGAAUCAGAAAAACUCAAAUACCAUCAGCUGGAAUCAUGCCUAUCAUCAAUCUCUCAAGAAGGCACUGCGAAAAUGCCUAGAACUGAGAGCUGGAACUCAAUUGCAAGCACUACUGCAGACUUUGAAGACGAAAAACCGCUUGUGGGUAUAUAUCCUCCACACAUAAGAGAGCAAAAAAUUUUAAGAUAUAAAAUGAAACUCCAGAGAUACAGGCAAAAAGUAAAGAUUUCAAGGAGUUUUCAAGGCAGGAGUGAAACUGCAAGACAUAAAUUGAGAGUCAAAGGAAAAUUUGUAAAAAGCUUUGACAAUAAUCUAAUUGAUUUGUAA